AUCAUUUUUACGAGACUUUCACCUCUGGAAGAGCAAAACAGUAAAAUCUGUCUUCCGAUCGAGUUGGGUGGAUGCUAGUUAGAAGUUGUUUUGUUUUUGUUUUACAUUAAUUGUUAACUGUUAGUUUACAACUGCAAGAAAUUCGAAAUGAUAAAUACAGGGAAACUAGCUGGCCGGACCAUCUUUAUUACUGGCGCAUCACGAGGAAUAGGAAAGGCAAUCGCGCUGAAGGCUGCUCAAGAUGGGGCUAAUAUUGUAGUGGCUGCCAAAACCGCUGAACCUCACCCGAAAUUACCAGGAACGAUAUAUACUGCUGCAGCUGAAAUUGAAGCUGUCGGUGGAAAGGCACUACCCUGCAUCGUUGAUGUGCGCGAUGAAGCUACUGUUAAAACGGCGGUCAAGAAUGCAGUGGAAAAGUUUGGUGGAAUUGAUAUCUUGAUCAAUAAUGCAAGUGCUAUUUCGCUAACGCCAACUGAACAAACCGACAUGAAACGUUACGAUCUGAUGCAUACCAUCAACACCAGAGGCACUUUUCUAGUUUCCAAAGAAUGCAUUCCCUACCUCAAGAAGAGCAAUCAUGCUCACAUCCUGAACAUUUCGCCUCCCCUCAACUUGAAUCCCAUUUGGUUCAGCAAUCACGUGGCAUAUACCAUGGCAAAGUACGGCAUGUCAAUGUGUGUACUAGGUAUGGCUCACGAGUUCAAAGGCGACAAUAUUGCGGUUAAUGCGCUGUGGCCGCGAACCUCUAUCUACACUGCCGCCAUGGAAAUGUUGACUGGGAAGGACAGUGAUCAGUUCUCUAGGAAACCGGAAAUCAUGAGCGAUGCUGCAUAUGCGAUUCUAUGCAAGGAACCGAAAAACGUGUCUGGCAACUUCUUUAUCGAUGAUGAAGUUCUUAAGGCUGAAGGAGUGACUGAUAUGAGGCAGUACGCAUGCUUUCCAGAAAAUGCGGAUAAACUCAUGCCGGACUUCUUCCUGGAUGUUGGACCAGAGAAGCUGCUAGAAUUUGCUGCUGAAGGAAGUCAUGCUGCUGCGCUUAAAAAAGAUGCCCCCGGUAAAAUUGAAGGCCUUUUCCAGAAAAUCGAAUCCUUGCUUAGUGAAGAAAUUGUCAGCAAAACACGAGCAAUUUAUGAAUUCAACGUAAAGGGAGAAGAAGCUGGAGUUUGGUUUGCCGAUUUGAAAAACGGAACCGGAAAAGUUGGUAAAGGCAAACCACCGAUAGAUGCAGAUGCUACACUCACGAUGGAUUCCAAGCAUUUCUUUGAUAUGUUCAGCGGAAAACUGAAGCCUGCCAGUGCUUUCAUGACUGGAAAGUUGAAAAUUAAGGGUGAUUUGCAGAAGGCGAUGAAACUAGAGAAAUUGAUGGGGGGCUUGAAGUCAAAAUUGUAGAUUGUUGAAGCUGGUGAUGGUUCAAACACAUUUUAUAUAAUAAAUCUUGCUUAGAGGUUUUAUAGCAAUUGAGUUUCAGUAUAAAAAUCAAAUGUCUACGUGUUUAGUGAUGUCCCACAGAUUUUGACAAUAUACGAUAUAUAACAUUGGACAAUUCUC